AUGAGCAGCUUCACAAGGCGUAACGAUGGAAAUGACAGUUAUCUCAUGAACCAACAGAUGACCAUUCCUGGGACAUAUGGCCCGUCGGAUGGCCAUGAGUUCAACACCAAUGGGUCUGGCUCCUACCACUUUCCCCAGCAUUCCUUUACACCGUAUGCUUCUCAAUUUGGCCCGCCUUAUGCCCAGCAGUCAAAUCUGGCCCCAGGCCUGCAGCAUUUCCAGUACUCGUCGGAACACCCCUUCUCCUCGGUGUCCUCUUCGGAUGAGAUGCGACUCCAUCAUCCACCGCCACAGUAUAUGCCCCAAUCGCGUUAUCUCCAAUCCCCGAGAUAUCUGCCCCUUCGAGAUGCCCUCGGUGAGACUGAGAUCGAGAGUCAAGAGUCUCGUAACGAAGGUACAAUGCUAUCAGAGCCAGUGGUUCCUGCCCUAGAUGGGUUCCCGGACGUGAAGGAAUUUGACCAACUGAUGCAGAGCUAUGUCGAUGACCUGUCCGUGAAAAAGCAGGACAAGGCAUUGAUCCAUGCUCGGCGAGCCUGUAACAUACGGACAGUGUUGAUUGACCCUAAAGACACGGCCGUCGAAUCUGCUCAAUUUCGAUUCUGGGUCAAGAAGAUGUUCAAGCUGCAGGCGGUUGGUAUAGGGACCCCAGAUGUAGGUUCUUCAUCCCCAUCAAACGGGAGGAGCUUGAUAUUUGGUCCUUUAGAGCGCUAUACUGAUGAGUCGUCGCCCCCUCAGUGCCGGAAGAUGAUCUGCCAUGAGGGAAAACCGGUUGCAAUCCGUGAGAAACUGUUCAAGAUUCUCACCAAGGCACAUCAACAAUGUCAGCAUGGUGGUCGAGACAAGACUUCGGCUCAGGUCCGGCGGAUCUAUUCCUGGGUCCCUAAAGAGCUCAUCUCCCGAUUUGUUAAGAUCUGUCCAACGUGUCAGGUCCGCCGAGGCGGGUCGCGUCUGACACCGCCCAAUUCACGACGAGGCUCUCCUCGUCUCGACAUGGUGUCUCGAUCCCCAAAGCUUCCAUCACCGCCGACAUCUAGGCGAGAAUCAACAUUCGGGGGACAGGUCCCUCUGGACAGGUCCCAUCAGGACUACUUUGGCCAACUGCACGGUCACAAUGGCUGGCUGGACAGUCAUCAAAGCCUACAAGGACGCUCAGCCCUGAACACUGGAGUUCGACCGUUCCAUGGACCGAUGGGCAAUCUCUCGCAUCCAAUGGCGAGCACCUUGGACCCGUUCGCCACUGAGCUGUCCGUUCCUCCCUCCCAGUUGAGCUACACAACCGAGUACGUCCCGAGCCAUGCCACUCAACGUGAUUUCUGA